AUGGCUUCCAGAGCCUUUUUCGACCCCGUCGUUGCACUGCGGGCGGCGCCCCUGCUUACGUCCACCUGCUCGCUUUGGUUUGCGUGGGACCAGCACUUCUUCCUGCAUCUCUUCAACAAGCCCGAGAUCCGAAGCAAAUCCAACGAGCUGCUGCCCACGUACUUUGGCUACUUUUUCCGCGGAGGAGUGACUCGCGUCCUGGUUUUGCUCUCCCUGACAGUGUCGUCCACGCUCGCAACCUGCCUCGUUAACCAUGACUCGCAUUGGGCCAAUAAUUCUCUGCGCUGGUACACGGCCGGCAUGGUCCUGGCGGCUAGUCAUCUUGCAUUCGUCCCUGCCAUAGCUCCCAAAGUGCAGGCUGUGAUUGAAGACACUUCCAAGGGACAGAGCACCAAUGAUUUGGACGGCUGGCUAACGAUUCACGCCUGGAGAGGUCUGACUGUUGAUUUGGCGGCUUGGGCUUGUUUUGUUGUUGCUACCGUGCGCAACAUCCAAUCGUCGUAA